UUUUUUUUUUAGUUAAAAAUUUAGGCGUAUAACCGCUUAGAAAGGUGGGGGAGUGGUUCCUGAAUUCCGCAGGAAGAUUUCGAACUUCAAUCCCUAACCUCUGCAAAUCUCCAUAACCGUUCUGAAACGGAUGAAGAAGAAGAAGAAGAGCAAUGAAGGUUUUGAGUUCUGCGAGGUCUGCAAGCUGAACCACAACCAAGGCCGGCGGCACAACUUCUUCCCCAACCACAAGAAGUCGCUGGAGGCAGCGCUCUCUCGCUUUCGAUCGAAGCUUGCCGACCUCCGCUCCUCCCUCAAAAACCCUACCCCUCUCCGCCCCGAACACGCCUCUCUCAACCGCCUCUGGUGCCGCUUCUGCCAAUUUGAUAUUCCUGAGCUUCACAGCUUCUUCAACAGUGAGAAUGCGAUUGCGCAUCUGGCUAGCGAGGAUCAUUUGAAGAAAGUGAAAAGAUUCCUUUGGAAAUAUGGCGGUGGAAUGGACAAGAUUGAUUGUUACCGGAUUACGGAGGCUGAUUUCGCCAAGUGGGAGAAACAGUGCAAAGCAUUAAAGACCGAGGCUGCUGGUGAAGGUUCUCAUGGGCCUUUAAUUGGACCCUCAAAUGAUAUCCACAAUAAAAUGAACUCUGACUAUGUAAAUAGUUUUGGAAAAGAUAAUAUUCAUGCUGUUAAUGUUAAUAUUUCAAAUUCUGUUGUGCCUUUACAAAAUUAUACUAAUGAGAGAUCUCAGAUAUAUAAUUCAGAGUUACCAGUCACACAGGGUGGUUGUCCUCAUUUACAUCACAGUUAUGCAUGCUUAUCAUGCCAUCCUCCUGUUAAUGGAUUUGCACUCCCAGAUGAGAGAACUGCCAAAGGGGAAACAACUUCUCUUGGUUUACCAAACCUUACAAAAAUUUCAUCAGCAGUACAAGAAGACAUCUUAGGGAAUGUUCAUUCUGGAGCACCUCCUCCUUGGCUUAAUGCUAUUGAGCAAAAUCAGCUCGAGUUUGUGUCGAAUUCGGGGGAAAAUGACCUUUAUUAUCUAUCUCAAAAGAGGAAAUCCUCUAAACUAAACCCAAAACGGGUUGGUGCUGCUUGGGCUGAGAGAAGAAAACGUGAGAUGGAGUUGGAGAAGAAAGGAGAACUUGUAAUGAACAAAGCUGAUGCAAAUUGGCUCCCCAAUUUUGGUAGAGUUUGGCAAUCUGGCAGUAGGAAGGAAUCUAGGAAAGAAUUUCAGAUUGAAAACAAGAUAUCUGGCAAGAUUGGAAGCCAAUCAACAACUGUAGUACAACUACAGCCUUAUAUCAGCAAACGAAUGCGCAAGGAUUCGGUGGAUGGUGCACUGGAGCAGCCUACCGGUUCUGAAUAGACUGUGAGUAAUAGUUUUGCGGAGUACAUCUUUGUAUAAAAAUUAAAAAUAGUUGGCCAUGCAUUUGCACAGUUAAGGGAAACUCGUAGUCACCGGAUAAACCUUGUUCCUGUGUAAUAACUUGCGAUUCAAGACUUUGCUUCUAGAGCCACUGCGGAUGUAAAUUGCGAGUCGCACAAUUAGUCCACCGGUCAGAUCCUAGUCUUCAUGUGCGUACAAGAAAUCCAAUUCAUACCUUCCAGCAUCCUUGGGUUAUUUUUCCCAUAAAUGUUUUCAGUAGGAUUAGAACUCCCCAUUGUCGCCUCCAAUCAUGACUAAGUCAGGCGAACCAACUAUGCUAAGCCUCGGGGGAGAUCAAUAGAUAAUUUUUUGAUAUUAGGUUUUGGUGAUAUAUGUAUAGGUAGAAUUUCUACCUCACAUAGUUUUUUGAUAGUAUGGUUUUGAGACACAGUUCUACAAUUCAUUUAAUACAAACUAAAAUUCAAGAUAUAUGUAUCACAUACUUGUGUAGAUUAUUUUUACGAAUA